AUGUCAUGGUGUAAGACGGAAGGCCUGAGUUCCAAUUUGAACAACAUUUUGAUUGACCGGAUAAAAAGGCGCUCUUUCAAAAGACCCCAAAAUUUAAACCCCCUCCGUUUCAAUUCACUUUCAUUACAGAUGGGGAACGUAUUAUGUAAGGAACCGAACACGAACGCGUCUCAUAGCACGGGAAACACCUUCAGCAACCUGAGCAGCGUCAUCUGCCCGAAUGGGUUGGGUAAAGGCAAAACACAUCCCAUGCGCAAGACGUACUUCACCCGAAGCGCGGUGGAUGCAUCAAAGAAGACCACAUCGGCUACCGGGUGGCAAAGUGUUGGCCUGCACGUACCGUCCGCUAGCCCGAAGGUGAUCGAUACGCCACCGGUCGCUCCGCCACGCAAGAAACGUGGCGCGACACUCGACGGCCGGUACCGGUCCGACGAUUCGCUGCAGGUGAAAAACGGAUUCCAGGAUGUUUUCGGGCGCGAAAGUCGGCGGCACUCAUGCCAUGAUAUCACACGACCGGCCAGUGUGCCUCCACCGCGACCGGAAGUGCCGGCGCUACCGGCACGCCAAACGUCGUGCUUCGAAAUCGACGCCAGUAACGAUGCGUUCAGCGAUUUCUCGAAGGUGCCGACUACGGCCGAGCUGGAGAAGUCGCCCGCAGCCAUGUCACAGAUUCCGCGCGUCGGUAACCGUAAGUCGGAUAAGUUCUUCGGCGAGCGACUGGCGGAUUCGCUUUCCUCGCCAGCUUCGAGCGAGACGGUGGUGAAGGUGGGUGAGACGAAGGGCGAUGAGAAGCCCAUGAGAGGCAAGAAGGUCGAACCGACCGUGGACGAUGUGGAUAAGAUCGAGAAGUUUGUCGAAACGGUACAGGACAGCACCCCGGUGGUGGUGGAACGGAGAAAGCAAGCGAGCGAAAGUCGGAAAGCAGUGCUCCCGGAACCUUCGAAAGAGGCCAGUAGCCUGGGGCCUCAAGAAGCGCCGAAAGAAGGUUCACCGACGAAUGACGUGGAGGAAGAUCUAAUGAAGUACAUCGAUCGUACGGUGUCCGCUGAUAAUCAGAUUGGUCGCCGGGCAGAGUUUCUGAUGGCCAUGCUCGAGGACUACAACGACAGCGUCCGGUACGAUGGUAUGCAGCCGGUCGAGGAGCCACUGAUCGUACCGAAGCGGCGCAAGAGUCGCCACAUUUGUGACGAUCACGAUCACCUGCACGCUAAACUGCACGAGCACGAAAAGGAGGCAUCCGGUGGGGCACCAGCACCGAACAACCUGAACGUUAUUCGCACCGAAGCCUCGAUCGAGCUGGCACCGCGUAAACCGAGCCGUGAUUUUUCCAAAUACAAACCGAUCGAGCCAGAACCGGAUGGGUUGUUUGAUUCGGAAGAUGAACCACCGAUCGCUCCACCCAUCCGUAUGAAGCAGAAGGCAUCGCCCGGGAAGCAACGUGAAGAACUUCCCGCACCACCUGCUCCGCCGAAGUUCCAGAAGAGUCGCUCCGAGUCGCAAUUCGAUCGACAGUUAUCGACAAGCGAUGCCACGAGCACCGCUUCUCCGUUGAAACCCCCACCCGUGGACGGUGAAGAUUCCCCACCGAAAGCGCACACACCGCGUAUGCUGAAGCGCAUCAUCUCGAUGCCCGCCACGGAGCACCUCGGUAAGGAGCCGUCCGCCCGGCCGGACACUCCCCAGCGACCACCGCUUACCAAGAGCUCCAGCUCGGGUUCGUUUGCGGCCGUCGAUCUGCACCGGACGCGCAUCAGCGUCGAGCGGUUCACCCCGGAAGACUACGCCCAUCACACCGGAGUGGACGAGCUGGUAAAGCCCAAGUCGAAGCUGACCACACGCAAGAUUUCCUGGAAGUCGACCGAACCACCCAGCUGUCGCACCCCUACACCGACCCAAGAACGUCCCACGAAUCCCAGCUUUACCAUCGGUGGAUCGGAAGUGGUCACCACGGUGGACGGUAACACACUCUGCCCACCGGAACCGCCGAGAAGAAAACGCUCCGACACUUCGACCGAGAUGGGCUCGAUCGGUGAGCGGGAGCGUGAGGUGGAACCCACGGAGGAAGGUACGGCGACGAGGAAGAUGUCCCAGGCAAAACUGUACCAGCAGCUACACAGCAAACCGGAGGACAAUAGCUUGCGGAAGUUCUGCCUCGGGUCAUUCAUUGAGUCGAGCAAUGUGCUGCAACACCACGAUGUGGUGAACGUGCUCGAUCGCGUCUACACGGCGUCAGACAACAAGGAGAACAUCGUUGAACAGUUCCAGGCGUACCUGGAGGAUCAGCUAAACGCCGAGUUGGACGAACCGAACCCGGCUAACCCGAACAUCGCCAAGCUGCUGGAAAAACUGUCCCGCGCGGACAACACUCCGGCAUCGAACGGAAAGGAAAUCGAAGAUGAGACACUGGAAAAUGUGAAGAUCGAGCUGGUCGGUAGUUCGCUGAGUGACGGGUCCACAUCGUCGCAGGGUAAGUCAUCCGAUGUGGACGACUGCUUCGAUCCGGAGUUCGAGAAGAUCGAAAAGUCGGAGAUCGUUGGCGAGCUGCCAAAGAUCGAUAAUCACAACCCGAAGCACGCCGGUUACGCCGGCCGAAGGCGGGACAGUAUCGAAUACAUGAGCGAUUGGUUCGGUGGCGAUUCUGACGGGUCGAACUCGAUGCUUUCGGUUGCCGGUGAGGAUCGGGGUAGCAGCGGAAGAAUCCACGAAGCGGUAAGCCGAAAGGGCCCUCCUGCUCAUCCUCAUCCUCCUCGUCAUCCUCCAAACGGUGGGCGGAGGGAAAGCAUCGAGGACGUCGGGCAGUGGUUCUCCAACCACAACAUCCUAAGGCCGUCGUUUGGGGAAGAGUUCGAGGAACCUAGUCGUCGUCUGCGACGUGGUUCCGAUAGCUUCCUCGGGUAUGACCAGCACCGACAGUAUCCUUUCGGGCAGGCUCGGAACCGCUCCGAAUCGCAGUCGGCAGAAAUGUUCGAGGACAUUACCAAACUUCAGGAGCAACACAAGGACACCGCCACCGAUGGUGUGCCUCCGGUGGCCGGUUGUAUAGUCAUUUCACCGCAACAAGCCAAACGGAAGGUGCUGGAGCACCGCAACAGUUCCGAUGCGCUGCUUAUGAAGGUGCUGAACAAACCACACCUGGUCUUGGUUAACAGCACAUCGAAGCAUAGUAGUGCAGAAAAAUUGAACACCAAGCCGGAGGAAAAUGCCGUUAAACCGAGCGAAACAACGACGACCUCCGAUGAGGAAAACAAACCCUUGCUGAAACCAGACGAACCAUCCGCUUCCACCGUUCAGGACAGCAAACUUGCAGCAAACAACGAAAAGGUGUCCUUGUCAAGCGACACGACUAAGGGCGACCAACGCCAAGAGCAGCACAACGAACAUUCCACGCUACUAAAGUUCCUUUCGAAGGAGAAUCUCAUCGAAUGAUGAUAAUGAUGGCCACUGCUUGCAAUCGAGAAAAUGAAAAAAAAUAAACACUUGCCCGAAAGCCCGCUGUGCAUAUAGUCAGUAUUAUGUGUUUGUGUAACGCACCAGUCUCACGAAAAAUUUGCUCCACGUAAACGCUUCGCGCAUAGCAUUACUAAACGUGUCGCCAUUCCUAGGGAAUUCACACACCACAAGUUUAACUGUACGUAACAUCUUCUUAUCCUUUAGAAAGAGAAUAAAUUUAAUUAAAA